AUGAAUAAUAAUCAGGUGAAUGGUCCCAUGUAUGACAACCAAGUGUUUAAACAUGAAGAAUAUAGUCCUCCUCCAUAUUCUGUAACACAGCAGAUCCCCAGCCAUUCCUCCAUCAACCAGUAUUAUACUUCAACACCCGGAAUACCAGCUAAUCCAAGGCAAACAAAAGGACCCGAGCCCCCGAGGCCCGGCCAGGGUCCCAGCCCAGAGACGGAGCGCCCCCAGAACCUCACGCCCGUCCCUGACCCCCCUCAGGGGCAGCCAGGCUACCAGGUCAGUAACCCACGAAGAAAGAAAUGUCACUGGAAGUACAUCCUGGGUGCAUUUCUGUGUGUGACUGUUAUCCUGGCAGUGCUCGGACUCUUGCUGUGGUACUUCGUAUACUACCAGUGUCUACUGGGGAAGUCGUGUGGAAAAGGUGGGAUGUGUCUGAGCCAGACCCGGUGGUGUGAUGGAAUCAUUGACUGUCCAGAUGGAGAGGAUGAAUCUCAGUGCUUUCGCCUCCAAGGGGCCAACUCCAUGUUGGAGAGUUAUUCAUCAAGCAGCCAGACCUGGAUGCCCGUGUGUGCUGACAACUGGGAUGAUAACUAUGGAAGAACUGUGUGCAGACAGAUUGGUUACAGCAGAGAUGAUUAUUUUGCCUACAGCCAAACCAGUGCAAGUUCUUUGGCCUCCAAUGGAUAUAUGAGGCUGAAGUCCGGAAGUAAUAGUGGCUCACUAAUACAGUCACAGCUCACUCACAGCUUACUGUGCUUCUCCAAUGCUGUCACACUUCAGUGUAUUGAAUGUGGCAAGAGUUCAGCAGCUCCGAGCAGUCGUAUUGUGGGUGGCACAGAGGCUGUAAAUGGAGCCUGGCCAUGGCAGGUCAGCCUCCAGGUUUUGGGUCAACACAGCUGCGGAGGCUCCAUUAUCAGCCGACACUGGAUCCUGUCUGCUGCACACUGCUUUAAAUAUUACUCUUCUCCUUCAUUGUGGAGGGUAUACUAUGGGGACGUGAACUUGGAAAACAUGUUUAAUAGCAGAGUUCAGAAAAUCAUCAACCAUAAAGAUUUUGACACAAGAACUAAUAAUUAUGACAUUGCUCUCCUAAAGCUUGAUACACCUCUGACUUUUAACAAUAAAGUUCGGCCGGUGUGUCUCCCCAAUGUUGACCUGAACCUUUCUGCUAAUCGUCAAGCAUGGAUCACAGGAUGGGGAGCAUUGCAGUCAACAGGGCCAACCCCCAAAAUAAUGAAUCAAGCCAAGGUGACCAUUUACAGCAGGGCCACUUGUAAUGCACCUGAAGUAUUAAAUGGUGAAGUCACCAAGACCAUGUUCUGUGCAGGUAACCUGCAGGGAGGAGUUGACUCCUGUCAGGGUGACAGUGGAGGUCCCCUGGUCGUGAAAGAAGGAGAUCGAUGGUGGCUGGCAGGAGCUACUAGCUGGGGUUAUGGAUGUGCUUUGAAGAACAAGCCAGGAGUCUAUGCCAAUGUACCAUUCUUUAUUGACUGGAUAUUCGAAAAAAUACAGUGGGUAGCUGUAGCUCAGGAGGUAGAGCAGGUCCCCUACUGA